CCAGUCGUACUUCAGGCCCAAAGCCGGAAUCAUUAUCAGCUGUCAUUGGCGCAAAGCAAUCGAAGUGAAGACAACUUGAGAUGCCAAAAGUCGCCCUCUUGCUGGCAUUUUAUGUCAUUUGCCUGUCUCCCUGUUUGGCCAACGCUCUCGAGUGCUACGUCUGCAGCUACUUGCUCGGCCAGAGCGAUGCCACCUGCCUGACGAAUGCCACCGCCGUGCGCGCCCUCAACUGCACCAAGAAGUACUGCCUCACAGUGCGGCAGGAGGCGAUUCAUAAUGGGAACAAAGUCAUUUCCUUUCUACGUGACUGCCAGGAUAAGCCGACGGUACUGAAUGGAGUUAGGACGGACUCCUCGUUUCGCACCUACUACCGCUCCUGCCAGCUGAAUCUAUGCAAUGGGCACAACGGGCGCGUCUACAACACGAGUGGCAGCCUCACCAUCGGCGCUGCUGCUGGAGCCGGUGGCUCCGCUGGGGCAGGUGGUGGGGGCAAUCACAACGCCAUUAUACCUGGCAAAAAUGGCAGCCACGGCGCAGGGUCCGAGGGACUUGGACUGGUGGCGCUGCUGUCUGCUGUUGUGGUGGCUGUUGCUCGCUGGCUGUAAUUAGCAUAAAAUGGAUGUUCCGCAAUAUGACAAAAAAGGGACACGCUCGAUUCUAAUCCCAAUGUCUGCCAGAGAUGAAAAUAAAAAGUGCCGCCAGCAGCCAAUUAAAACGCGUUUAGCUGCUGUCUGGG